AUGGUGUCAACUUCUUCAAUUUACAACAACUUCAAUAAAUAUGUAUAUAAGUACAAUAAUCUACCUGCAGCACAACAAAGAUAUCAAAUUAUGCCUUUUCACAUGAGGCACAAUAGAGCUAAUAUUGGAGAAAGAAAUACUUAUAUAAAUGUACGCAAGAACAAAUUAGAUCAAUCAAAAGAUAAUGAAUUUUCAGGAUCUCAUGUAUAUUUGAAAAAUGAACCUAAAAAUGAGUACAAAUUGCCAAAUAAUUAUGGUUAUGAAUCGAAAGGUGGAGGAGGCGAACAAAACGUACACAAUAAUAAAGUGUUAGAUCAUCAAGUACACAAGAACGUGCAUAAAACCAUAACGAUUUUAAAGAAAAUCGCUGUACCGUAUCCCGUAGAGAAAACUAUCCAAUAUCCCGUGAUUAAGAAAAUAUCGUACCCGGUUAAAGUACCCGUUGUGCAACCAUACGCGGUUGAAAAGAAAAUACCUUAUCCGGUGAAGGUUCUCGUCAAAGUUCCCCUUAAAAUUCCGCGACCGGUACCAGUCAUCAAAAAGAUCCCGUACCCGAUUACGGUACCAGUGGAUCGUCUUGUCCCGGUCAAAGUAUACGUACCGAAACCGUAUCCUAUCGAGAAGAAGAUACAUUAUGAAGUAAAGGUCCCGGUACCAAAUCCAUUUCCGAUAGAACGGAAGAUACCAGUACCGGUAAAGGUCCCGAUACACGUACCUCAGCCAUAUCCAGUCGAGAAAGUCAUUCAUUACCCUGUGAAAAUCACGGUGGAUAAACCGAUACCAGUCCCAAUACCAAAGCCAUAUCCAAUACCGAUCGCGAAGCCGGUUCCGUAUCCUGUCGAGAAACCGAUUCCUAUCCCGGUCAAAGUACACGUAGAAAGACCGGUACCAGUUCCGGUGGACAAGCCGGUGUUGCUCAAGGUAAAGAUUCCCGUACCAGCACCGUAUCCGGUCGAGAAAAAGGUACCGUAUUUUGUAGAAAAAUUUGUUCCUGUACCGGUAAAGAUACCAGUGGAGAGGCCUAUACCGAUUAACGUGAAUAAAGCGGUCGAAUAUCACAUCGAAAAACCUAUUCCUUAUCCGAUUAAGGUACCAGUCGCGGUGCCAAUAGAUAAGCAACAAAUGGAGCAUAAUGGUGUAUGGAAUACAGUAUACGAAAAAUAUCAUCACUCAUGAAAAUAUAUUAUUCAAUAGACGUUAAUAAAAUCAGCUACUAGAGGCUUUGUGAAUUGAUUAAUUUUUGUCAA